AUGCUUCCAUCUUUGUCAUCCUUAAAUUUAGGGAACUGCGAGUUACCAACUGAUACACAAGUUUCUCUUGCUCCUCCUAAUCCUUCCCGUUUCAUGAAUCUAACGUCUCUUAUUUCGCUCAACAUUCGACAGAAUUAUUUCAGUUCUACCUCAGAACUAAAUUUGUUUCUCAACCUUUCCACCAAUCUUCAAGUUCUAAGCCUUGACGGAAAUAACUUCAAAGGGCCAUUGCCUUUCAACAUCUUAGAAAAGUUCAGUUUCAAUGAACUCGAAGGGUCUUUUCCUCUUUGCGUUGGGAACCUCACUUCACUUCAGUUUUUGAAUCUGAAGCUGAACAAAUUUGGUGGAAAAAUACCCAAUGAGUUAGGCGAUCUCAAAGAUCUUUGUUAUCUUGACUUGUCUUUUAAUUCAUUCAACUCUUCCAUUCCCUCAAGUUUGGGAAAACUCAGAAAGCUAGAGUUUCUGUAUCUUAAUGGUAAUCAGUUGUAUGGUACAGUUCCUUCAACUAUGGGGCAACUUAGCGAACUACAAGAAUUAUCCAUCUCAGGGAAUUCUUUGACCGGUGAGAUGUCCGAAUCGCAUUUUAUGAAACUCAAAUGUUUGAAAUUUUUUGAAUUCCAUGGAUUUGUUGAACUCAGAGUGAGUCCUCAAUGGAUCCCUCCAUUUCAACUAAGGUUCAUUGAUAUAGAUUCCUUAAACAUGGGGGAUCAAUUCCCUCCAUGGCUUCAGACCCAACAAAAUGUUAGUGUGUUAAUCCUGAGAAAUGCCAGUAUUUCUAGUCCUAUCCCUGAGUGGUUUGGGACUACUUUUUCUAGUGUCACAGAGUUGGAUUUAUCAAUGAAUAAAAUCAACAGCGUGUUGCCGUCAUCAAUGAAGAACUUGAGAAUUUUAGCUGUUGUUGAUCUCAGCGAAAACAAACUUACCGGCAGUAUAACUGAAUGGAUUAGUCAGGAUUUGUCACAAUUACGACGGCUAACGCUUCGAUCAAACAAUUUCUCUGGUGUGAUUCCUUCAUCCAUCAAGUACUUUAAAUAUUUCUAUUAUCUUGAACUAAGCGAGAAUCAGUUUACAGGAACCAAACCUGAAUGGAUUGGUGAAGUAUCGCAGUUGGAAGAACUUCGACUUCGAUCAAACAGUUUCUAUGGUCCGAUUCCCAAGCAACUCUGCCAAUUGCCAUACCUGGAAACUCUAAGUUUGGCAGAUAACAAUUUAACUGGACGCAUCCCUGAUUGUCUUCUGUAA